AUUACACCAUACUUACCUACUGCACACUUUGUCCUCCGGAAGGACGACACACAUUCUCAGAGUUGGGAUAGUUAGCUUACUGAAAAUUACAAGGUGCUGUAACUCAUGAGUCUUUAAUGGGUGGAGAUGAGUGCCACCAGCAGCACCAGACUGAGCCCCAGUCCGAACUUACUGCAAGUGAACGAGCCAAAGCGCUAUGGCUCCACGCUGUCGCUGGAGGAGAAGUGUGAACAGUCUUUCUUCCUUUUUUAUUACUACAGGAUGGAGGAUGAGGCGGUGCUGGACCGGGGGGCAUCCUUACUCAAGCACAUUUGUGAUGAAGAGGAGGUAGAAGGUCACCACACCAUUUACAUCGGCGUGCAUGUGCCCAAGAGCUAUCGACGUCGGAGGCGUCACCGCCGGAAAACCAGCCACAAGGACAGAAAGGAGAAGCUGACAGAGAAUGCCUUUGACAAGUCGGACACAGAAAACAACGAUGAGGCCAGCAACAGCAUCCUCAAACCUCUCAUCUCACCAGCAGCAGAGAGGAUUCGCUUCAUCCUAGGAGAGGAAGAUGAUGGCCCGGCACCCCCGCAACUCUUCACUGAGUUGGAUGAGCUGCUGUCAGUGGAUGGUCAGGAGAUGGAGUGGAAGGAGACGGCCAGGUGGAUCAAGUUUGAGGAGAAGGUGGAGAAAGGCGGUGAACGGUGGAGUAAGCCUCAUGUGGCGACGCUGUCCUUACACAGCCUGUUUGAGCUGCGGACAUGUAUAGAAAAAGGCACCAUUAUGCUGGACUUGGAAGCUUCCAGUCUACCUCAGGUUGUCGAGAUGAUCACUGACAACCAGAUCGAGAUCGGCCAGCUGAAAGCCGAACUGAAGGACAAGGUGAUGUACACAUUGCUGCGGAAACAUCGCCACCAGACCAAGAAGUCCAACCUUCGCUCUCUGGCCGACAUCGGCAAGACGGUGUCCAGUGCAAGUAGGCUGUUUUCCACCCAGGAAAAUGCCCGCAGUCCUCUUGAGAACUCUGUGACUUGCCUGUCAGGUCACAUCUCAAUGGAGGACUUGCAGACCCAAAGGAGCACCAGUAUGGACUGGCUUAAUAGUCCCACCACAACUCACAAAAACCUGACGUCCAGCAGCCUGAACGACAUCUCUGACAAACCAGAAAAAGACCAGCUGAAUAACAAAUUCAUGAAGAAGUUGCCAAGAGACGCCGAAGCCUCCAACGUGCUGGUGGGGGAGGUGGACUUCCUGGAUGCACCCUUUGUGGCGUUUGUUCGUCUACAGCAAGCUGUGAUGCUGGGAGCCCUGACAGAGGUUCCUGUUCCCACAAGAUUUUUAUUCAUCUUGCUUGGACCGAAAGGCAAAGCGAAGUCAUACCAUGAGAUCGGCCGAGCGAUCGCUACGCUGAUGUCGGACGAGGUCUUUCAUGACAUUGCAUAUAAGGCCAAGGACAGACAAGAUUUGCUGGCCGGUAUUGACGAGUUUCUGGAUGAGGUGAUCGUGCUUCCUCCUGGAGAAUGGGACCCGACCAUCAGGAUAGAGCCUCCAAAGUCUCUUCCCUCCUCUGACAAAAGGAAGAACAUGUAUGCAGGAGGCGACUCUCAGAUGAACGGAGACAUGCCUCACGACGGCGGUCACGGAGGAGGACACGCAAUAGGCGACGAGCUGAGGAAGACGGGAAGGUUUUGUGGGGGUUUCAAACUUGACAUUAAGAGAAAAGCGCCUUUCUUCGUCAGUGACUUCACCGACGCGUUUCACAUUCAGGCCCUGUCGGCCAUUUUGUUUAUUUACCUGGGAACUGUGACAAAUGCCAUCACCUUUGGCGGUCUGCUGGGAGACGCUACAGAGAACAUGCAGGGUGUGUUGGAGAGCUUUCUGGGCACAGCCAUUGCUGGUGGUGUUUUCUGUCUGCUGGCUGGCCAGCCUCUCAUCAUCCUCAGCAGCACCGGCCCCGUCCUGGUGUUUGAACGGCUGCUUUUCAACUUCAGCAGAGAUAAUGAUUUUGACUACCUGGAGUUCCGCCUGUGGAUCGGCCUGUGGUCGGCUUUCUUCUGCCUGGUGCUCGUGGCCACCGACGCCAGCUACUUGGUCCAGUACUUUACGCGGUUCACUGAGGAGGGCUUCUCCUCUCUCAUCAGCUUCAUCUUUAUCUAUGAUGCCUUCAAGAAGAUGAUCAAACUAGCUCACCACUAUCCCAUCAACUCUGACUUUAGAAUGGAAUAUGUCACGCGGUACGACUGUCUCUGUAUGGCUCCUACUGUCAUAGCAGAAAACAGUACAGAGCUCGUUGGUGAUCCUUUAGAAGGAACUUCAGUCUGGAUCUGGAACAACACCGAUCUGCCUGUGAAUGCCACGUGGUCGUCCCUCACGAGGACAGAGUGUUUGAAGUACAAAGGAGAGCUGGUGGGGGAAGCCUGCAACUUCGUGCCGGACAUCACCCUCAUGUCCUUCAUACUGUUCUUUGGCACUUACACCUGCUCCAUGUGUCUAAAAAAGUUCAAGACGACCCCAUUUUUCCCCACCACUGUGAGAAAACUCAUCAGUGACUUCGCCAUCAUCCUGGCCAUUCUUAUCUUCUGUGGGGUUGAUAUGCUUGUAGGAGUUGAUACUCCUAAACUCAUCGUGCCAAGUGAAUUCAAGCCAACAAGUCCAAACCGGGGCUGGUUUGUGGCCCCGUUUGGAGGAAACCCUUGGUGGGUUUAUCUGGCGUCUGCUCUUCCUGCCCUUCUGGUCACCAUCCUGCUCUUUAUGGACCAACAGAUUACUGCUGUGAUUGUCAACAGGAAGGAGCACAAGCUCAAGAAAGGGGCAGGUUACCAUCUGGAUCUGUUCUGGGUGGCUGUUCUGCUAGCAGUUUGCUCCUUCAUGGGUCUGCCAUGGUACGUGGCUGCCACCGUCAUCUCCAUCGCUCACAUCGACAGUCUGAAGAUGGAGACUGAAACAUCAGCUCCCGGAGAGCAGCCAAAGUUCCUGGGUGUGAGAGAGCAGAGGGUCACCGGUGUGUGCGUGUUCGUCCUCACAGGACUGUCUGUGUUCAUGUCUCCAAUUUUAAAGUUCAUCCCAAUGCCUGUGCUGUAUGGAGUCUUCUUGUACAUGGGGGUCGCUUCUCUCAAUGGAGUGCAGUUUAUGGAUCGUCUCAAGCUUCUUCUGAUGCCAGCGAAGCAUCAGCCAGAUCUGGUUUACCUGCGACACGUCCCCCUCCGGAAGGUCCACCUCUUCACCUUCAUGCAGGCCCUGUGCCUGGCACUGCUCUGGAUCCUCAAGUCCACUGUGGCUGCCAUCAUUUUCCCCGUCAUGAUCCUCGCUCUGGUCGCCGUCAGAAAGGGAAUGGAUUACAUGUUCUCCCAGCAUGACCUCAGCUUCCUGGAUGAUGUUAUCCCGGAGAAGGACAAGAAGAAGAGAGAGGACGAGAAGAAGAAAAAGAAGAAACAUGGCAGCUUAGACAGUGACGGUGAAGACUCUGACUAUCCUUACAAUGAGAAUAUUCCCAGCAUUAAAAUCCCCAUGGACAUGAUGGAGCAGGAGCCCUUCUUAAGUGAUAAGGCUUCUGACAGAGAGAAGUCCUCAUCAUUCCUUGAACGACACACAUCGUGCUGAGCAGCUUCGCUUCUACCAGGCCAACUACCUGUCCAGCCCUGAGAUGAGUCCACUGAAGUCUGUGCCUCAGAUUAGAAUAGACAUGGAUCCAGAUGAUAACACUUUCUACUGGAAGAGCAGAGGAUCUGAAACAUCUCUGUAGAGCACCGAAUCACUGUCAGCCGUCCUGCAGCACCCGCAACACAGCUUUUCUCUUCUUUUACUGACCUCAAAUGAUUCUUUUUAACUCAAAUCUCCUUCAUGGCUUCAAGACGUUGUUCUGAAGAGUGGAGCACAUUAGAAACAGUAAACGCUGUUCGGUCUGUCCUCACCGUCUGUUUUUCUCACAGCUCCACAGUUAAUCUUUGUGUUUGACUUCAAACGCUUACAAAAGUAACACCUGAAUACUCGUCUAUGCAACUCCUCCCACACAUCACUGAUCAAGACUGCAGCUCGCUCUGACCACGCAUGGACUACCCUCCCUGCUCUUUUUAUAUAAACAUAUACAAAUAUCAUCUGUCUGAGUUUUUAUAUACACAGAAUUACUCUAAUACCAUUUUCCUGUAGCAGGAAAUUCAUGUUUUUUAUAGCUCUACCUCUUGUUUUAGAUUCAAUGCUUAUUAUGAAUGAAUGCAAUGUUUUGAUUUUUGAUGGGUUUUUGAUAUUUUCUCUGUCCUCUUGUAGAAUUGAAUUGAUGCUAGAAAUUCACUGUAUGAUCGUAGCUUGUGAAGGAAAAAAAAAUAGAUAUUUAAGUAAAUUAACAGCUGAUUAACAAUGCACAUUUAUAUGUGCAGAUAAGGUAAAUAUUUUUAUUCUCACUUUCUGAUGCAGUUUUAUUUGCUUCAGUUUCUAAUUGUCUGAAUCUUUUGCUUUUGUUACUCAUUUAAUUUAAAUAAUUUUCUCCGUUUUGCUUUUUUUUUUAAUGAUGAUGUUGCGUGUAUGAUGGUAACAUUUCUAAUUUUUGCUGUUUGGGUAGAAAACAAUUCAGCUACAGAACCCUCCGAUUUUUCCUCAAACUCUAACUAGGAAUGAUAUCAUAAUAAUUGCUUGUGCUGCACAAACUACUUUACCUAAGUGGCUUAUAAGACAUUGAUUCAGACAGAAAUUCUUAAAGCAACAAUGUGAAACAGAGGAGACGGGAAUCAAAUCGAUGCCAGCUCAGCGCAGUGGGACGGCUUCUGUUCACAGCAGGUUUUUUUUAGCUCCAGUUGGAAUUUUCUGAUGUAAAGAUUUUAAUUUUUUUAAGGAUAUGUUUGGGCCUUAAUACAGCUAUCACAUGCCACACUGUGCUUAAAUUCAGAGACUUAGGAUUGGAUAAUAGCAAUCGAUAUCAUCUUCAGAUCCACACCAAGAACCGUGUGCACGCCAGCUGAUAAAGUCAAACCUUUCUUUGAAACCUUUUUCUUCAUUUUUGGUCAGUGUUCAUGUCUGUUUUCUUUAUUUUGACUCAGAUUUCUAAUCACCAUCAAAGAUUUUAAUUUUGGCUCCAGUGUUUUGCUGUGUUGUUGCACCUUUUUUUACAUGGAUCACUAACUCACUCAGUGUGCACAUGGCAUGUGAGUGUUAUAUUAAACCCAAACAGGCCCUUUAAACAGCUGUUAACACUUAAUCUGACUACUUAUCUAUUUUUGGCCAGUAUUAAAGGAUAAAUUGGGUUUUACAUUCAUAUUGCUGCUGUAGCAUGCUAACUUGCACUCUCCAUCUGUGCUGCAGUAAUCGGGCAGAAACAUGAAGUUGCAUAAAGCAGCAACAAAGCUCCAAAAAACAUUUUGACAUAAAUAAUUUUGUAGUUUGUUUUGAAAAACUUGACCUUAAAGCUGAGCCGUUAUUAAUCAUCUGCAGUUUUCUUGGCGUAUUGUGAUUAUUUUUUUUUCUUCCAUAUUGACUGUUGCAGAUUCUAAUUAUUCUUUCUAAGAACUAUAACUGACAGCAUAGACAAACAAAUCAAUGUAAAAUUAUAUUUUCAUAAUAAAUUAAAUUUUACAAUUCCCACCAAACUGCAGUAAAUUACAGAAUCUUUUCUCAUUCAAACAACUGAAAAAAAAAAAAGUGCUCUGGUGCUGGAAACACUCACCCUUACCUGACACAUUUCACCAAACAAAAGCAGGUGCAACUGAUUUAUAUAACAAAGCAAAUGGAAAUUACAUCAUUUGGCAAGAAAAAAAAAAAAUAGCCUCAGCAGUUCAGGCUAUUCAAGCCCCUGCAUGGUUGAUUGGUGCAUCUCUAACAUACUUACAUUCUUGGUGAAUAUAGAUUAUAUUUGCAUGGUUCACAGUUAAAAUAAUCCUUAUUUAUCUUUCACUAGUCUUUAGUGUAGCCCCUCACUUCAUUCAGCCCCCACGCUCCACGUCUGAAGCCAGUGAUUGGCUAAAUAAGCCAAGAAAAAGUGGGUGGGGCUUCCGUGCUCUGCCUCAGCAGUCUGAUAUCAUUUUUUAAAAAACUUUUGCUACAUUUGGUAUGAACAUCCAGCACUGUUAACAGUGUAUAUAUGACAGAAGAUAAAGAUCAGCACAUUUGGUCCACAUAAAUUCUUGGUGCUUUGGUUCAAACAUGGUCGUCCUGUCUGCUCACUGCAUGUGCUCAUUUACACUGGCAUCAGUUUACAGCUCGUUCAGUUGCAGUCAGUCAAAUCUUGCAGUCUGGAAUGGACGUAAGGCAAAUUGUGAGGUCUGUGCAGCUAGUUUCAGUGUUUAGGUUUAAGGAUUCAUAUAAAACAUUAAACAUGCUGCUUUCUGUGACUUCUCGUUUCUACAGAAAAGAUGGAGAGUUCAAAGUUGGCAUGAAGCUCAUUAAAGGUUAAAAAUAACUCACAGUUAUCUUUUUACUUCAGUACAAUAAUCUGCACUGUCUCCCCACUGACUCUCUGCUGUGUGCACUAAAGCACUUUCUCACCUUUUCAUCCUAAUUUGAAACUAGCGAGCCUCUCUGCGUUCAUCACCACUGCACAGAUUUUAAAAAGUGAAUAACUGAGCUGCUUUCUCCCUCUGUGAAUCCUGCAGAUAAAAGGCGAGUUGGCUCAAACUGAAGUGCGACAGGUUGUUUUGUUCAGUCUUUAUUUUUCAUGACAAUAUUCCACAUCAGUAUUUUCAGCAGUGGGUGGAAACUCAGCGCCCGGGACAUUUUCUGUGGGGAGUGGUUAAAGUGUCGUUCUGUGUAAGCAUGUCAGACAAAAACCUACAACAUGAAAAUCUUCUGUUAAUUCUAGUGUGCGAAACGCUGAUGCAUUUUUUUUAUUAUCAUUAACAUUUUGGGACUUUUUAGAACAGGUGAAAUGGUUUAUUUUAGAAUUUCUAUUUUUCAAAUGAAAUGUAUAUUGAAAAUAAACAGAGUUAUCAAACAGUGA